AUGGAAAACAAAGAAGAGAAGAGGAAGGAUAGAAGCAAUGAGAAGGAGGAAGAAGGGAAAGAAGAAAGCCGUCGCCGCCGCCACGACCACCGCCAGCAGGAGGAGCCUCCUCUAAUGGCAUUGAACCAUGUGUCAAGGCUUUGCAGGAACGUGAAAGAGUCUAUUGAUUUCUACACAAAGGUUCUUGGCAUGGUGCUUAUCGAGAGGCCACAAGCUUUUGAUUUUGAAGGAGCUUGGUUGUUCAAUUAUGGCGUUGGGAUUCACCUGGUUCAAGCCAAAGAUGAAGACAGAUUGCCUGAUGCUCACCAUGACUUAGACCCCAUGGACAACCACAUCUCUUUCCAGUGUGAAGACAUGGAAGAAAUGGAGAAAAGAUUGAAGGAGAUGAAAGUGAAGUACAUGAAGAGAACAGUAGAAGAUGAAAGUGGAACAAAAAUAGAUCAACUAUUUUUCAAUGACCCAGAUGGGUUCAUGAUCGAGAUUUGCAACUGCGAGAAUCUUAAGCUUGUUCGUGCUUCUUCUCUCGGCACAAUAAAGCUUCCCAUUGACAAGCAUAAUCCUCCCGUUGAUGUUGAUGAUUACGCGCAGCCAAAGACUUCUACUUGA